AUUAAAUGACAGAAGCAGAUUCAAACCUCAGUUAAAGGGUAGUGUCGAGGUUAUCACUUCUGAGGUGUUUCGUUUCAUCGUCUAAAAAAUAACUUUUAUUUUUCAUGCCCUUGAUUCUAACCCUAAGUAGGAGUUUUAAACUAAGACUCUAUAACAAUAAGAAAUUUUAUAUGCAUCUGGGAAAAUUCUAUUGUUUAUUGACCUAUUUUUCUUUCCUUAAAUUUCGACAGUUGGACUAUGGAGAAGCUCACUUUCGAAGUAGCCCCCAAGAUGAGUGAAGAAAAGAGAGGAACUUUUUACCCUGCUUAUAGAGUUGAGCCAAUCGAUAUCGAAGGUUCAACAAGCAUAGUUUUCUCGAAGAAGGGAGAAAUUGGAAGUCUUGCAAAGGCGUUACGCAUCUUUGAGGAAUUUGAAGUAAAUCUAAUACACAUCGAAUCGAGACCCAGCAAACAGAAUCCGGACUUUUUCGACUUUUUCAUAUCAUGCGAUAAUACUAAAGGAGACGUAAAGAAGGCAAUCGAAUCUUUAACUGGAGAUAAUUGUAAUGUUACGGUUCUAACGCGAUCAAUUAACCCUGAAAUAACAGAUAAGACAGUUCCUUGGUUUCCUCGCAAGAUAUCUGAACUCGAUAGAUUUGCAAACCAGAUAUUGAGUUAUGGUUCGGAAUUGGACGCUGAUCAUCCGGGAUUUACGGAUCCAGUUUAUAGAGAGAGACGAAAGCAAUUCGCUGAUAUAGCGUAUAAUUAUAAGCACGGACAGAAAAUACCGAGAGUUGAAUACACAAAAGCUGAAGUGGAAACUUGGGGAACAAUCUUUAAUAAGUUGACUGGCUUAUUCCCUAGUCACGCUUGCAGGGAAUUCAACAGGGUAUGGCCUCUACUCAUCGAUAAUUGCGGUUAUAGACCGGAUAAUAUUCCCCAAUUACAAGAUAUAUCCGACUUUUUAAAAGAUUGCACGGGAUUUACUCUUAGACCUGUCGCUGGACUCCUAUCUUCAAGGGACUUUCUAGCAGGUUUAGCUUUUCGCGUCUUCCACUCAACGCAGUAUAUAAGACAUAGCUCUAAACCAAUGUAUACUCCAGAGCCAGAUAUUUGUCACGAGCUAAUUGGUCAUGUACCACUUUUCGCUGAUCCAGAAUUUGCGCAAUUUUCUCAGGAAAUCGGAUUAGCUAGUUUAGGGGCUCCGGAUGAUUACGUUGAAAAAUUAGCAACUUGUUAUUGGUUUACUGUAGAAUUUGGUCUGUGCAGACAAAAUGGAGAAUUGAGAGCUUACGGCGCUGGAUUAAUAUCUUCCUUUGGAGAAUUACAAUAUUGCUUGUCUGAUAAACCAGAAGUUAGACCUUUUGAACCAGAAAAGACAGCGGAACAAAAGUAUCCUAUAACGGAAUUUCAGCCAGUCUAUUUCGUUGCAAAUAGUUUCACUGAAUCGAAGGAAAAGAUGAGAGAUUUUGCUGAUACUAUACCAAGGAAUUUUGGCGUACGUUAUAAUGCAUUUACGCAGAAUGUAGAAGUUCUAAACAACCUAAAUCAAAUAAGAACAUUUGCCUCCUGCCUUAAAAAUGAAAUGAGUCGUUUAGAAGAUGCCCUAAGGAGAUUUAACAUUUAG